CCAUAAAAAUGGUUUGUGUUCCAUGCUUCAUCAUUCCCGUGCUGCUGUACAUCUGGCACAAAUUUAUACAACCCAUUGUUCUGCGCUACUGGAAUCCAUGGGAAAAGAAAGAUGCCCAAGGAAAUGUCAUCAAAGCUGGUCCUGAAUUUCCAUUCGAGUGUAAAGGUGGUGUUUGUCCAUACCCUGGUGCUAAGAAAAAGCUGGAAGAUGGCAAAACGGAAGGUGAUACAACGAAAGCAGCAGGGGAAACAGCAACUCCAGAACCAAAGACAGUGACGACCACUGAUAGUUCUGAUAACAAAAAAGAUGACUAA